GCCGGGAAGAGUCGCUCCUCAAAAGCUGGUCUCUUUCCUUAACACUGCGAAUUUUUUUCCCUCUCCCCAAAACCGUCAAGAGUUUAUUUCUCUCGACUUCCUCCAUCUCUCCCAGACUCUCGUCCGCAGAGCUUGGCCAUCUUCACAUCUCCACUCCCUUCUUUAUAUUUCACGAUCGUAUUCGAUCACCAAGAAAGGCACAAUGGCCAACCGCGAUGACAUUAGAAUCAUGGGGAUGCCGCCCUUCGUGAUUGAUUUCUUGAUGGGCGGUGUCUCGGCCGCUGUCUCCAAGACUGCCGCUGCUCCCAUCGAGCGCAUCAAGCUCCUCGUCCAGAACCAGGAUGAGAUGAUCAAGGCCGGCCGUCUUGACCGCCGCUACAAUGGCAUCGCCGACUGCUUCCGCCGCACGACUGCCGACGAGGGUGUCAUGGCCUUGUGGCGUGGCAACACCGCCAACGUCAUCCGUUACUUCCCUACCCAAGCCCUGAACUUCGCUUUCCGUGACAAGUUCAAGCAGAUGUUCGGCUACAAGAAGGAGAGAGAUGGUUACGCCAAGUGGAUGGCUGGUAAUCUCGCCUCCGGUGGUGCCGCUGGUGCCACUUCGCUCCUCUUCGUCUACUCUCUAGAUUACGCCCGUACCCGUCUCGCCAACGACGCCAAGUCUUCCAAGAAGGGUGGCGAGCGCCAGUUCAACGGACUUGUUGAUGUCUACCGCAAGACCAUCGCCUCUGAUGGCAUUGCCGGUCUGUACCGUGGUUUCGGUCCCUCCGUCGCUGGUAUCAUCGUCUACCGUGGUCUCUACUUCGGCAUGUACGAUUCGAUCAAGCCUGUCGUCCUCGUCGGUCCCCUCGCCAACAACUUCCUCGCCUCUUUUGCUCUCGGCUGGCUCGUCACCACCGGUGCCGGUAUCGCUUCUUACCCUCUCGACACCGUCCGCCGUCGCAUGAUGAUGACCUCCGGCGAGGCCGUCAAGUACAAGGGCUCGUUCGAUGCUUUCCAGCAGAUUGUUGCUAAGGAGGGUGUCAAGUCUCUCUUCAAGGGUGCCGGUGCCAAUAUUCUUCGUGGUGUUGCCGGUGCUGGUGUGCUCUCCAUCUAUGAUCAGCUCCAGGUCCUUGUCUUCGGCAAGGCCUUCAAGGGCGGCUCCGGCUAAAUCUGUUCAACCACUGUACAAAAUCCACAAAAUUGGAGGAAGUCGGAGGUUAAUGGCGGUUAACAGGUUGUCUGGGCUUGGCUGAUAGCUUGGGAGUGGAGAUAGACGGUGUGGGUUUGCUGCCGCCGGCACUGGUUACGUGCCUGUUGGGUGGUGGUGGUAGUUGCGGGUUGGUCAUGGGCACGUUUGGCGUUUCUGGGACGCUGAAUAAGCCACGGGCAUCCGCUGUAAUUUAUUCUGUUGAGCCAUUCUCGGUGGUUUCCUUGAACGAUUGUCUCUGGCCGUUUCCUUGUUUGCAUGCGACUCGAUAGACCCCCAUGACGGGUACAACACAUCAAUGGGAAUGCUUAUUUAGACUCUAAUUCUCAUCCAGAACUCGUUCUUGCCAAUGA